GCCGGCGGCUCGCGGGCGUCGGCUCGGCCGCGCUGCCGCCCUGCCGAAGAGAUGGUUGGCCUCCUGCUCCUCGUUCUCCCCGUCGUGCUGUUGGUGGCCGCGCCCCGGAUCAGGAAAAUGCUAUCCAGUGGGGUGUGCACAUCUACCGUCCAGCUUCCGGGAAAGGUAGCUAUAGUCACUGGAGCUAACACAGGCAUUGGGAAAGAGACAGCCAAAGAGUUGGCUCAAAGAGGAGCUCGAGUGUAUUUAGCUUGCCGGGAUGUGCCAAAGGGGGAAGUGGUGGCCAAGGAGAUCCAAGCCACCACAGGGAACCAGCAGGUGUUGGUGCGGAAACUGGACCUGGCUGAUACUAAGUCUAUCCGAGCCUUUGCCAAGGACUUCUUAGCAGAGGAACGGCACCUGCACAUCCUCAUCAACAAUGCCGGAGUGAUGAUGUGCCCCUACUCUAAGACAGCAGAUGGCUUUGAGAUGCACAUUGGAGUCAACCAUUUGGGUCACUUCCUACUAACUCAUCUGCUGCUAGAGAAACUGAAGGACUCAGCCCCAGCAAGGGUAGUCAACGUGUCUUCCUUGGCACACCAUCUGGGAAGAAUCCACUUCCAUGACCUGCAUGGUGAGACAUUCUACAGUGCAGGUCUGGCCUAUUGUCACAGCAAGUUAGCCAACAUUCUCUUCACCCAGGAACUGGCCAGGAGGCUGAAAGGCUCUGGAGUAACGACGUAUUCCGUCCACCCCGGCACAGUCCAGUCUGAACUGGUUCGGCAUUCAGCUGCAAUGAGAUGGAUGUGGUGGCUUUUCUCCCCCUUCAUCAAGACUCCUCAGCAGGGAGCCCAGACCAGCCUGCACUGCGCCUUAACAGAAGGUCUUGAGGCACUAAGUGGCAAACAUUUCAGUGACUGCCAUGUGGCAUGGGUCUCUGCCCAAGGUCGUAAUGAGACUGUAGCAAGGCGGCUAUGGGACGUCAGCUGUGACCUACUGGGCCUCCCAAUGGAUUGAUAAGUGGUGGUAUAUGGACCCAAAAGAAGACUGCAGUAUGCGAUACAGUACACCCUACCAAAUAAUUCUCCUCUGAAGUGGUCAAAACUUUGAGCAUAUAGCGAAGAGUCUUCCAGUCUUGCCUGCUUGGUGUCCAUCCAGUUAAAGUCCAGCACACUGCCCAGUUCCUCUAAACUUGUGUCUCUCCAGACAUACUUUGUGCCUGCUCCUGCCAACACUUCUGGCAGUGUCAUUGUCUAAGAUGGCUCCUAUAUGACCUGCACAGCUCCUAUGUUCCUCUGGAAACCAAAUUCAACCUGGGAGACUUGACACUCUGACAGGGUUUGUGUAUGGGAACGUGGUCUAGUUUCUGUCCUCUUCUUGUCACGGCGUACUUCCCCCAGCCUAUCUUCACCUGAAGGGGACCAUUGGCCCCAGUGGAACCCCAGCAGAAUGCCAAGAGUCUCAAGAGCAGGGCUUCACGACCCCAGCUUCUGGAUCCUUUUAGGCAAACAUCACAGAAUCUGGAUUUUGGCCUAGCCUUGUCUUGGACAAUUGGAAGCUACUGCUGUUGAGACACCGUCCCAUGUCUACACCUUUCUAAGAAGUUUGUAGAAUUUUGGGAAGGGUAGAAUAAAAACAAACCUAAACUCAUUUUCCUACUGUUCCUCGUUGCAGUCAGGAGGUCAGGAAAGGAGCAUUAUGAGAAGCGAGGCCACAUGGCUUCAUUGACUGAUUCUGAACCCACAGAGGCCUCCUUUCUGUGCCUUAGUUCCUCUUAGAAGACUCCAAGAGGACAGGAAAGGCCUGCUCAUUGUCACUGGGCCUGUCUUUAUGUGUCUUUCCUAUUUACUUAUGCAGUAGGAAGUAUUUUCACCAAAUUCACUGCGGCCACAAAUCAGACCCUAGUGCAGAUAAAGGACCAGAAGUGGAGCAAACCAGUGUGGAGUCACUGACAGAAAUAAAUACAGUUGCCAAAGGAAGUAGAUUCUGUAUGUGAUGCUAACCAAUCACCACAAAGCACAUGCAUAACAGGGAGUAAGUUUGUUUUAAAAGAGGAUUCUGGGACAUAAUGCAUGAUAUGAAGGGCUUGGUUCAGGAUCUAAAAACACAACUGAAAGGCAGGAAUUGUAUAGCUAGGGAAGAACUGAGGGCGAGAACUCUGGUUAGCAAGGCUGAUGAGGUACUAUUUUAACCACCAAUCCAUGUGGCAGAAAAAAGCCCAAAGCACAAGGGUUAAAAAACAUUAACAUGAAACUGGCUGCUGUGGCUCCUACCUACGACCCCAGCCUGCCAGAGGCAGAACUAGGAGGAUCAUCAUGAGUCUGGGGCUACAGAGUGAAGGUGACCCUGACUCAAAAAACAACAGUGAAUUCCAGGUCAUCCUGGUCUACGGUGAGACUACCUUGAAAGCAAACAACAUUUUAAACUUUUUAUUUAGAAAAUAUAAGAACAGACCUGAAAUCAGUCUUUCAGGUCAUUUCCUUAUAAUAUCUCAAGAGAUGCCAACUUGAGGGCUGGAGGUGCAGCUCAGGGGUAGAAUGUGUUCCUGGUAUACGUAAGGCCCUAGAUUUGAUCCUCUACACCACAAAAGACAAAUGUCAAAAAAAAUUCGUAAGUUGUGUUUUACUUGGAGAGCCUUUAUUAAAAGUAAUGUAGGCAAAGGAAGUCUGAGGAAUUGCUAAUGUUCUCAUCACUUGUUUGGGAUAUGUUAUGGGAAGAGAGUCUAUGAUUUUUUUGGACUAAUUGCAUUUUCAGCUUUGCUAGGUAAGAGUUAUAGGAUCAUAGUCCUCACCUCUUUAUAUUUGUCAAUUAGUAAUCUUGCUGGGCUUGUUUUGACCAUUAAAUUAUAUAUUUAGAAAUUACCGUUUUAUGGGGCAAUUGGAAAACUUUUGAUAAUGUAGUGAAUAACUGAAUUAAUAUUUUACUUAAUUUAUACUGAACUGUCAAUGUAAAUAAAACUUCUUUGUGAUUAUCAUGUUUUAGUACCAGAUUACUACAGAAUUAAACAAAAGCUUAAUUGUAGUUAAA